AUGGAUUCUGAACUAGCAGGGCGUUGCUCUUCUAUGGAGACACUGAACUCCCCACAUACAUGGAACGAUGAUGAGAAAAGUUCACUCAUUGAUCACAACCAGCGAGAAACAGUUACUCGUGCACAGAGGAAGUAUGGAUAUAUAUGGCAUGGGCUUUCGUACAUCGCAGUUAUCCUCCUGACAAUGCUUAUCUCAACCAUCAUCUCUGCUAAAGCACGCAUCGGAUCCGGGUGCUCUUGCUCACUUGCUACAACGUCCCCCUCUGGCGACCUUCAAUCGGAUUUAGUUAUGGUUAAUUCAGCUUCUGAUGCAACUGUAAAGAAGGCUUCGCUCAACGAAAUAGAACUACAAAAAGCUUGGGAUGCAUUAGCCGAACGUUCCGAUGGUGCCACCGUUAUUGUUCCUGAAACCUUUGGACGUGAGCGAGGAAUUCUCCCUGAGUCACCACGGGUUACUCGCAACGGAGUCUCGGGAUUCCUGGUCACCUUGGACAGUAUGCAUCAAGCUCAUUGUGUGGACGCUGCGUGGCGCCGUCUCUGGUUCAAUCACGAGGACGACAAAUUGAAUGGGCCUAUGGCGAAGUACAAUAUUUCAGAUCAGUGGUACAAAGAUCAUAUUACUCAUUGUCUAAAGAUCUUGAAACAGUCAAUUCUCUGCAAGAUGAACAUAGAUAUGGUGAUGGGAUAUAUUCAGUGGAAUAGGUCCAAUCCAGAUGACUUCAUCCACUUUGAAAAGAACCACAUAUGUAAAAACUAUACUGACGUACUGGGGUGGAUUAAGAAUAGAAAUGAAUCUUAGCAUAGCUCUCCAUAUUGAUCAAUUGUAAAUCUAGAGAGAUUCUCUUACCU